UACAACCAUCAUAUUGCAAUUACACUACUAUAAAUAUAUAACAUAUAGUUUUCUUAUCAUUCAUAACUUAUAACAUAUAGUUUUCUUAUCAUUCCGAAUGAAUUCCAACGUUAGCGAUUCAUCAAAUUCAUCUUCUUCUUCUUCAGAUGAUGAUGAUAUGAUGAUGAACACUCUUCAUCAAGGAGCUAUAAUAUUAAGUCAUAGUAUCACUCGUAACAAUAUGAUCAUCCAACAUCUUCUUGAACAACAAAACGAGCAAGUGUUCCAUGGUGGUUCAAUUCCUGGACAUAUUGUUAUUAAUCGUGAUCGGGAGAAUGCCCAUCAUAGGUUAUACAAUGAUUAUUUUUCAGAUAAUCUAGUGUACAAUGAGACCAUGUUUCGUCGGAGAUAUCGAAUGUCUCGCUCAUUGUUCAUUCGAAUUGUUGAUGCAGUCAAAGAUCAUGAUCGCUACUUCCAACAACGAUGGGACAACACAGGCAGACUUGGAUUAUCUCCUAUACAAAAAAUAACUGCUGCUUUUCGUAUGUUGGCAUAUGGUGUUCCAGCAGAUGCCACAGAUGAGUAUAUUAGAAUUGGAGAGUCCACUACAAUUGAAAGCAUGAAAAGGUUCUGUCGAGCUAUGGUUGAGAUAUUUAGCGAGCAGUAUCUCAGAAGGCCAACAUCAAAUGAUAUUUCUAGACUUCUUUAUGUUGGCCAGAAACGGGGAUUUCCUGGAAUGUUAGGCAGUUUAGAUUGUAUGCAUUGGAAGUGGAAAAAUUGUCCAAUCGCAUGGGCUGGACAAUAUACAGGCCGUAGUGGAAAACCUACAAUCAUUCUCGAAGCUGUAGCAGAUUAUGAUCUUUGGAUAUGGCACGCAUAUUUUGGUUUGCCAGGCACCAACAACGAUAUAAAUGUGUUAGAGUCAUCUCAUCUGUUCUCGGAUCUAACUCAAGGUAUUUCUCCUCCAGUUCAUUAUGUAAUCCAAGGAAAAGAAUAUAACAUGGGCUAUUAUUUAGCUGAUGGCAUAUAUCCAAAAUGGUCUACUAUUGUGCAAACAAUUCAUGAGCCUCGUGGUCCGAAGAAAAUAUAUUUUGCAAUGAAACAAGAAGCAUGUAGAAAAGACGUUGAACGUGCAUUUGGAGUUCUUCAAUCACGUUUUGCCAUUGUAGCAGGACCGGUACGAUAUUGGAGAAAAGAAGUGAUGCAUGAUAUAAUGACUAUGUGCAUAAUUUUGCAUAAUAUGAUUGUUGAGGAUGAACGUGACCUUACUGCACCUAUUCAAAUUGAAACGGAAACGCUUUCACCGGAGGUCGAAAUGGUGAUAGAUGAAAAUACUCGAUUUCAAGAUUUCAUUUCUCGAUAUGGAAAAAUUAGAAACAGAGAAGCUCACAUAGAACUUCGUAAUGCAUUAAUUGAUCAUCUGUGGGAGGAGUACACAAAUUCCGAGAAUUGA